AUGCAGGCGGAAAACAAAGAGAACGCAGAUCCAACUACGAGUGAAAAGAAAGAGACAAGAGAUGAGUGGUCGCUAGCGAAAUUUGACAUUGGAAAGCCACUUGGCAAAGGAAAAUUCGGAUCCGUUUAUUUGGCUCGAACAAAGAAGGAACAUUACAUCGUGGCCGUGAAAAUUCUCUUCAAGUCGCAACUGGUCAACGGAGGGGUAGAAUCGCAGCUGCGAAGAGAAAUCGAAAUCCAGUCGCAUUUGCGUCAUCCCCACAUUUUGCGACUUUUCGGCUGGUUCCAUGAUGAAAAGAAGAUCUUCCUCGUCCUCGAAUACGCAGCUCAAGGCGAACUCUACAAAGAGCUGAUGAAGAAGGGCAAGCUGAGUGAGUUCCGAACUGCCACAAUCACGCACGAAGUGUCGGACGCGCUCAAGUACUGUCACGCGAACAAGAUCAUCCACAGAGACUUGAAGCCGGAAAACGUCCUCAUCGGUCUCCAGGGCGAGGCCAAGCUCGCCGAUUUUGGCUGGUCAGUUCGCACGCCCAGUAGACGACGAGAGACCAUGUGCGGCACUUUGGACUACUUGCCGCCAGAGAUGGUUGAGCAGACCGACUACGACUUCACCGUCGAUAACUGGACAGUCGGAGUCCUCUGCUACGAGCUGCUAACUGGAAGGCCCCCAUUCGAGCACGACGAUAAGAACGUGACUUAUCAGCGAAUUGUGAACACGCAAUUCAGCUUUCCAAGUUUCGUCAAGGAAGGCGCUCGUGAUUUGAUCACGCGAUUGUUGCAAUACAGAGGCAAGAAUCGAAUUCCCCUGGACCAGCUGCAGCGACACGCUUGGAUCCGUGAGCAUGCUGUCCCUCACCGAUGGACUAAAGAUCACUUCCCAGUCCGCGGGUACCCAAACUACGCCGACCAGCCGGAGAACUGA